CAGCGAUGGGUUGACAAUUUGCUUGGAUGGGAUCCUGAAGAAUUCUCGAACGUCACUGAAAUUAUGAUACCGUACGAUAAUCUAUGGAUACCGGAUACGACGCUUUAUAAUUCCUUAGUCAUGGAUGACCACGACACUCGUCGCCUUUUGAACGCCAAGUUGACGACUCGCGGAAAAGAUAAAGGAGCACUUGUGGAACUGCUCUAUCCUACUAUUUACAAGCUCAGUUGUUUGCUAGACCUGAGGUUCUUCCCAUUCGAUGUACAGACGUGUAAACUAACUUUCGGCAGUUGGACGUUUGACAAUACGCUCAUCGACUAUUUUCCUCAUAAUGCAACUCAUGCAAUCGGCAUCACUAAUUGUAUUGACAAUGAGGGAUGGACUGUAUUGAGAACAACAGUGGAACGACAUGUAAAUCACUACGAUUGCUGUCCGAACAAUUACACUCUCCUGGAAUUUCAUUUGAAUAUACAACGAAAACCGCUCUAUUACGUCAUUAAUCUUAUUACACCUACUUCGAUCAUCACCUUGAUCUCAAUUGUUGGGUUCUUCAGCUCAUCGUCGAUUAACGAUCUCAGAGAAGAAAAAAUUACACUUGGAAUUACAACUCUUUUGUCAAUGUCUAUACUAAUUUUUAUGGUAUCCGAUAAAAUGCCUUCUACGUCUUCCUUCAUUCCUCUUAUUGGAUGGUUCUAUACGUGCAUGAUUUUACUGAUAUCGUUUUCGACAUUAGCAGCUUCAAUGGUUAUUUACGUUCAAAAACAAGGUAUUCUUGGUAAACCUCCCUGUCGGAAAACAAUGCGAUGGGCUCGGUUAGUUGCACGAUGUGUUCGAAUGGAAAUGCCACUUCUAAUGAAACAAGCUUAUGCACAAAAAGCCAGGGAAGAUAAGCUGAGACGUGCUCAAGAGGGUCGGAAGCAGAGUCUAUGGCACCGAGUAUACAAACUGGCCAAAGAACAGGCACAAAUGAGAAAACAAUCAAGCAACACCCUACCAAAGAUUAAUGGGAUCGGGAACGUUCCAUCUCCGGAUGUUCAACAACUACAAGUGCCGAAGAAGAGCUGCACAAUCAGCACAGACGUCACUUGCAUCAAUGACCCGUACAUCGAGUACACAGGAGCCACUUUGGCCACGCCCACGUCCAAAUUUCAAGGUCUGCACAAAAUGAGUACGUGUGCAUCGCUGGACAGUAUGAUUCUGUCCGUAACAUCACCGCGGACAAUGCAACGAAAUCUUGCCGAGCUGGAAUUUGACUGGUUGGCAGCUGUUAUUGAACGGAUAUUUUUGAUUUUCUUUAUCAUUAUUUUUUUGUUAACUUCUGUUGGUAUUAAUUGUAUUGGUUUGUAUUAUUGGUAUACAGCACAAGAUCGCCCUCUCUAG